AUAAAGAGUUAUGUAAAUAAACGCACGUCUUUAGGUGAGGUUUUGUGGCUUCCAAGGUGGUUACAAUAUUUCCUGGGUGGCCCUGAUCCAGUAUAGAGAUCACUGCUUUGUUCGUUUCAAUGAUAUACUUUGGCAACAGUUGGUUGUAGUGUCUUUGGUUCAUUUCAGUGUCUACUAUCUGCAAUUCUGAUUAGUGUUUUGUUGUUUACGGGUGUGUGUCGAAGAUGAAUGCGUGUUGAUGCUUUUUGUUUACUUAUCGGAAGUUCGGAUUAAACAGUAGAAGAUGGAUUUCCAGAACCGACCCGGUGGGAAGACUGGAGGAGGUGGUCAAGCAUCAUGGUCAGAAAGUAAUCGUGACCGUCGUGAAAGGCUUCGUCAGUUGGCCCUUGAGACCAUUGAUCUCAAUAAGGAUCCUUAUUUUAUGAAAAAUCAUCUUGGGUCAUAUGAGUGUAAACUUUGCCUCACACUACAUAACAAUGAAGGGAGCUAUUUGGCACACACACAAGGAAAGAAGCAUCAGGCAAAUUUGGCUCGUCGUGCUGCUAAAGAAGCAAAGGAGUCACCACAACAGCCUGCACCUGAAAAACCAAGAGUUGAACCCAAGAAGUUUGUGAAGAUUGGUCGUCCUGGUUACCGUGUGACAAAGCAACGGGAUCCCGAAACAGGGCAGCAGAGUUUACUGUUUCAAAUAGAUUAUCCUGAAAUUGCAGAAGGUGUUCUUCCUCGGCAUCGUUUCAUGUCUGCAUAUGAACAGAAGGUUGAACCCCCAGACAGAAAGUGGCAAUAUCUUCUAUUUGCAGCUGAACCAUAUGAAACAAUAGCAUUUAAGGUCCCAAGCCGUGAAGUGGAAAAGACAGAGGGAAAAUUCUGGACACACUGGAAUAAAGACACAAAACAGUUCUUUUUGCAGUUUGCAUUUAAAAAUGAGCAAAAGCCGGUGGCUAAAGUCCCAGUGCCUGCUGUGCCAGGCCCGCCGCCCCCAGUGUCUGGAGUGGGUGUGGGGAUGCUGGCUGUGCACCCACCUCCCAACUUGGUGCCACCUCCAGUCCCACCUCCUCCACCUGUCGUUCAGCCGCCGCCGCCACCUCGAAAUCUCGUGCCUCCGCCGGGGAUGCCCCCUGCUCCUCCUGUUUUCAAUCCGGUGCCUCCACCUCCACCUAAAUCUGUAUCUAUAAUUCCUCCUCCCCCUCCUAAGAUUGCUUAAACUUGACAUAACAUUCCUGUUUUGGUUAUCUCAAAAAGACUCUGAGAAUAAUUUUAUUAUUAACAGGACACAGAACUUGCAUACAUUUAUUGUUACCUUACAGUGUAUAUACAUAGUCAAAAGAAUUGAUUGUAUCUCAGUGACAGACGUUGAGAAUUAAUAUUCUUCACAUUUUCAAAAUAAUAAAGAUUUUAAUACAAUUAACAUUUUUUAUUCACUGUAUGUCAUUAGUUCCAAUAUGUUUCAAAAAAUUUGUUCUUCCACUUUUAUAGACUGUUGUCAUUAUUCUUUACUGGCAGGCUUAUCUAUAUGGUGGAAUUUUGUAUGUCUAUGUUAAACGGCAAUGUAAAUAUGGGGGUAAGCUGAAAAGUAAUGCACACUUGCUUGUAGAACGUGACCUAAAUGGCCUUGAGAAAUGUGCCAAGUGGCAUGUGAACGGUAAUUUCCCCGUAUAUACACAUGCACAAUUUGAAUGCAUUGUGUUCGUCCAGUGUAUUUUGAAUUGUGGAAGUAUGGAGAUGUGUGCUAGUGCUUUCUACAUCUACAUAUAUACUCCAUUAGCCACCAAGUGGUGUGUGGCGGAGGGCACCCCCCCCACUUCCCCCCCUCCACCCUCCCCUCACCCCUCCCUCUCCCCCUCCCCUCCCCACCCCUCCCCCCUCCCCUCCCCUCCCCCCUCCCCUCCCCUCCCCUCCCCCCUCCCUCUCUCUGUUCCACUCGCGGAUCGCGCGAGGGAAAAACGACUGUCUGAAUGCCUCAGUAUGAGCUCUUAUUUCCCUUAUCUUUGAGUGAUGAUCAUUGCACGAUUUGAAAGUUGGUGGUAAUAAUAUAUGCUCUACAUCCUCGGCGAAGAUCGGAUUUCACAAUUUAGUGAGCAGCCCCUUUUGUUUAGCACGUCAUCUGUCUGCAAGUGUGUCCCGCUUCAAACUUUCUAUGAGAUUUGUAUAACUCUCGCGAUGACUAAAUGUACCAGUCAUGAAUCUUGCCUCUCUUCUUUGGACCUUCUCAAUCUCUUAAAUCAGACCCAACUGGUAAGGGUCCCAUACAGACAAACAGUACUCCAAGGCUGGACGAACUACCGUAUUGUAAGCUAUUUCCUUUGUUGAAGGACUGCAUCGCUUCAGGAUUCUACCGAUAAACCUCAAUCUAGAGUUCACCUUACUCGUUACUUGUGUAAUCUGAUCAUUCCAUUUGAGAUCAUUUCGAAUAGUCACACCCAGAUACUUGACUGAUGUUACCGCUUCCAAAGACUGAUCAUUUAUUUUGUACUCAUACAUUAAUGGGAUUUUCGCCUUGUUAUAUACUGUAGGUUACACUUACUAAUAUUGAGAGAUAACUGCCAGUCAUUACACCACACAUUUAUUUUCUGCAAAUUCUCAUUGAUUUGUUCACAACUUUCAUGUGAUACUACUUUCCUGUAGACUACAGCAUCAAUGGCAAACAGUCUGAGGCUGCUGUCAGUACUAUCAACCAGGUCGUUUAUGUAAAUCAUAAAAAGCAGAGGACCUAUUAUGCUGCCCUGGGACACUCCUGAAAUUACUCUUGUUAAAAAGCAAACUGUUUGAAUGUUUAACUGCUGAGAAGUUGACUCCUAGUGAGGUUCAUCAUUGUUUGAAGGCAUUUAUGGUGACAAAACUGUUGAUAGGUCUACUGUAAAUCAGGGGGUAAGAAAAUUUCUGUAUUGCAGGCCUGGGAAAACUAUAAAUGUUUACGAAACUUGCAGUGGAUGUCCAUCACUGCUACAGACGAUAAACAUUGUAAACUCGUCAACAUCAUUUUGAUUCAAAAUGACUACCAGAUCACUCAAAAGUGUAGUGAAAACCACAUUGGAAUAUCCAAGGAACAUGUCAGUUUCAUUAUUGAAUGAUUAGGAUAUCGUAAAAUUUGUGCACAAUGGGUACCACGCAGUCUCUCACAUGAGAACAAACAGCAUUGAUCGGGAAACUGUGACCAACUUUUGCAGUGUUAAUGUGACGAAGGAGAUGGCCUCCUUUCGAUUAUUGUGAUAGGGUAGGAGUCAUGGGUACAUCAUUAUGACCAAGAAGAGAAAAGACAGGCUCACAGAAUUUAUGUAACUGAUUGUCUGGUAUGAGAGGCAAUGGUAAAUUCUUCUGAGUACAUAGAGACUCAAAAACACCUCUGAAGUCGAGUUUGUCUUGCUAGAGGUAGCCUGGCACCAAUAAUCUUGCAACAUGAUAAUGCUCAUCCACACACCUCACAGGCUACUGAUGAGGCCCUAUGAAACCCGAUUCCACACUCUCCAAUCCCCCCCCCCCCCCCC